AUGGCGUUAUGGGAUUUCUUGAAUUUGUACUACAGCCGAGCCAAAAAAAUGUCGUUCUGGAAUUUCUUGAAUUAUUGGUACGGACAAGCCAAAACAAUGUCGUUCUGGAAUUUCUUGAAUUAUUGGCACAGACAAGCCAAACGAAUGUCGGAUACUUACAAGGACGUCGAGUUCAAUUUGGAAGUUGUGACAGGUGAACAUGACCAAGUGCUGUUCCUAGAAGCCGGUAGUGAUUUCGCAGAUGUCUUAAUCAGCUUUCUGACAUUGCCAUUGGGAACAAUUGUCAGAGUCCUGAAUCAGCACUACUGUGGAGACGACGACAAAGAGGCACCGCCGACAAUUGGAAGCUUAACAAGUUUGUACAACGGCUUAGAGAAUCUCGACAGCUGUCAUUUCUGGACGGAGAGCUGUAAGGAGAUGCUUCUGAAUCCGAGAAGUUCGUUCGAAGGUGAAUGCCUUAAACUUAAACUCGAUAUCAACGGUACUACUCGACCGACAAAGUACUUUUGCUGCGAAGACUUUGAUUGUGUUUAUCCUAGACACUCAAACAUAAGCAUGCACCGCGAUGCCGCUACAUGCACGUGUGGGAAAAGUCUGAAAAGAGAAAUCGGUACAAUGGAUUCUUCGUCUGAUGGUGAUGGUGGGAUUUUUACUGUGAAAAACGGGUCUUUCUUAAUAUCGGGCGAUAUGGUUUUGGUGCCUAAUAUUAAUGUGGCUGGAUCUGUAAUGGAAACCCUAAGCAAUCUUGCCAUUACAGACAAUGAUGGAACCGAACAAUGGAAAAUGACUUUCGGAGUGAAUGAUAUUGUGAUUAUGCUGGAGGAUUUGUUAAUUCCCGAGACGGAAUCCGCAGCCAUAGAAACUGAACCGGGAAAUUUAUUUCACGAGGCAGAUUCUAACUCCAAGAAGAUGAAUUUGAGGUUGACGGUACAAAAAUCUACGAAUAAGUUAUUGUUUGCUCAAUCGGAGGAAGAUUUUGUCGAUUUCCUUUUCAGUUUGCUGACCGUCCCUCUAGGAGGAGUUGCGUUCCUUUUGGGCGGUAACACUUCUCUUACCAAGUUAGACAAUUUGUACCAAAGUGUCGAAAACAUCAACGAGGACAAAUAUCUGAGCAAUCCGGAUAUAAAAAAUAGGCUAAUCAAUCCAAAGCUACGUAACGGUUAUAUGUCCAAAAAUCAGAUUCUUCCUCUUACCGAAGAAAAUGGUCCACGAAUGUAUUACAAUCUCGACUUAAAUUUGGGCAAAGAAUGGUUGUCGUAUAGCGGACGGGAUCCUGUCAUUGAGUUUCGAAACGGCCACCGCCAUGGAAGUUACCUCAAAGAACCAACAAUGUAUAUGGUGAGUGAUGAUUUGAUUGUGACUCCUUUGACUAUGACUUCCAGUCUUUCUAUUUUGACUGAGCUCAAAAUCCCGUUAUCUGAUGUCGAAGAAGUCGAGGUGCAAAUUGGACUAAAAGAGGGUUUAAGUAUACUGAAGGCAUCUCUUACAUCGACUACUGCUCUGACCGAUGGACUAAUGGUUGAUUCCAUGUUCAAGAAACAGCCUAAGCAAGUAGACUGA